AUGGAAGCUGAGGGCUUGACUUUGGAUGUGCAGGACCCGCCGCCGUGCUCCCGAAUCCAAGGCAAAGAUCUCUUGGUGAAGGCUCUGAGGGAACGCUGGGGGAGUUUGCUGCGUGCCUGGAUCUUGGACAUCGACCAUCGCCACACGGGGAAGGUUGCCCGGGAGGAGAUUGAGCAUGUCUGCGAGUUCCACGGAAUUCAUGUGAAGGAUUUCUGGCAGAGCUUCGCCGCGAGUCCGUCCAAGCCCCAGGACUUCCUGGCCUUAGAGGACUUGGCUCCGGAGGAAUCGGGCAAUUUGGCAAGAUUCACACAGGCAGUGGCUGCAGCAAGCCUGAGUUUCGAGGACGCUUGGCGCCUCAUCGACUCAGAAGGGCUUGGUGUGGUGACGGAGGACGUCUUCCUUCGAGCGCUAGCUCAGAUUGGUGGUGAGGUAGAUGGCGCAUUGCUUUUCAAAGGACUCGACUUGUCUGCACAGGGGAAGAUCUGGCGCGACGAGUUCGACUUUGUGAAGCUGCUGACUCCAGGCGGUUGGCCACAGACCACGAAGGCAUCGGAGGAUGCUCCCACUCCAGUGAUCAGUUCUCAGCCUGAAGUGGAAGAGGAGGUGGAGCGGUAUUUCCUUCGCUGGGUCCUGCAUUGUUGGCAGCCUUUGCAAGACCUCUUUGUCGACAAGAACUCAGCCGAGCAGGUCAACGCUUCCAAGCAGCCCAGUGGGAGCGAGAGGAAGUCCCGGAGUGUCGCGGCAGAAGACUUCGUUCGGUUUCUGCAAGGACUUCGGUUCAAGGCUGAUGCGCGGACGUUGGUGCGGCUCAUCUUCCAAAGGUGCGAGAUUGAGGACAAGCACCGGCUGCGGGAAGGUGUGGAAAGCAUUACUCUAUCACAGCUUCAGAGUUUUCGUCAGAAGGCGGAAGCCAACCUCUUGAAGUGCUUCUGCGAAGCCUUGAGGAAGACCCGGGGCACUGUGCUGCGGGCUUGGAGGUUAGAUCUCGAUGUUCGAGGCCAUGGAGUCGUGCAGCGGUCCGACCUGGAGCGUGUGUGCAGAGUUGUAGGUUGUGGUGAUGAUGCUGCGUCAGUUUGGCAGGCGUUGAGACCUUCUGGUGGCCCUCAGCAUCCACUCGAGAUCUGUGAUCUAGCGCCUGCCGAAGCAGCCAACCUCUAUGCUUUCACGGAGGAGGUAUUCAAGCUGUUGGGGUAUCAUCUCAACCGCGCCUGGGGUCUGCUGAGCAAUGGGUCGUCAGCUGCAGAGGUAAAAGCCAUCAACUCGGAGCAGUUCCGACAGGCAUACUCGAGGCUUGGUCUGACUGGAGAUGCAGGCCUGAUUUACCGUGGUUUGGUGAGCUUCAACAAGGACGGAUCCGAAGGCAAGCUCUGGAAGGAAGAGCUUGACUAUGCUUGGUUCUUGACCAUGAAGGCUGCGACCAUCCGGACGGUGCCAGUGCACCAUCGGCCACAUGGCUGGGAGGCCACUGGGAGUCGACAUGCCGCGCAACUGCUGAACUCACUAGGCUUUUAUGGCGAAGUACCGCGGAUGGCAAGCUUGGUCGCUCGCCUGGAGACUUUCGGCUUUUCGGCAAGUCUCCUUGAUGCAGCUCUGCAGUUGGUCGCCUGUGAGGUUCCCGGCCUCCAACAAGGUUUGUCGCCUUCUACACCUGGCCAGAAGCAGAUGGCUUCCAAGACCAGUCCUUUCGGGAUGCAGCGUCGAGCGAAGUCUGCCGGUGCAGGUCGAAGGCCAAGGCAGCCGGAAUGGGAUGGUUCGCAGGCGAUCCCUCAUCCAGUUCGUGCGCCCUUCUCACAGUCCAUCGUGAAGAAGCACCGCCAAAGGACGGAUUGGCUCAUGGGUGGUGCGUGGCGAGACGAGCCCGGGAGGCUGCCCUUCAAUCCCUCAGCAAGGUACGACUCAGAUCCAACGCCGCGCACAAUGCGAGGCUACGUCUCUGACCCUGGGCAGCCCAAAACUGCGAGCCUGGCUGUCGUGGAAGGGAGCGACAUCCGAUCAGCGACGACCGUGCAGGAUGAGAGCUCGAACCUGGAGAGCACCCCUUCGAUGUCGGCUCAGCGCGUGGAUGCCGCAACUCAAGCAGGCAGUCAGCAUGGCAUAGCAGCGCCAUUGCGUAGCCACUUGUCGCUCCAUUCGAAUCUCUGCGAACUUGAGCGGCGCCACCCGAGCAUCCGGGCCGGUGAGGCAAAGCUGUGGCAAUUUGUAUUCCGCGUGAUGGAGAAGGGCCCUGAUGGCUGUGUUGGAAGCUCUCAGAGCUGGGCACAUGCAAGUGACGAUGUGUUGGUCCUCUUCAUACUUGGGUUCGUGGAGCGAGGCUGGACAAUGUAA